AUGGCGGUGUGCUGGCUCUUGUGCGUCGGCGUCUUCUCUUACCUCCUGUCAGCUGAACGCGUUGCCGACAAGCGAUUCCUGGACGAGGCCGACAGCUUUCUGACUCGACGCGCGGAGCCAAGUUCCAAGGUCAAGGCCGUCUGCGUUCAAGCUUUCGGGCGUCACGCGGCCAGGGAGUUUGAGCAGCGGGAGAAGCAAGCCAAAGCACCGCUUGCUGUUCUCGGAGUGCAGGAGACAUCAAACGGCACCCGAACGGAAGCCAAGGUCGGCCUUCCGAAGUGUUCGGAUGGUAUCCUCCAGCUCGACGGAGUCUACGAGGUGAAGCAGGAGGAGGUCCUCGUGGAGGGGCCUUCGUGCCGAGUGACGGGGAGUGCCGAGCUGCUCCUUUGGGCUCCCGUGCGCUUCCAGGGCAACCUGGUCCUCGCAGGGCAGCUGAACGUGAAGGCUGCCGGCGACGGUGGCAGGGUCAACGCCUCCUGCAUCACCAUCGAGGGCAACUUUACCUUGCACCCAGAAGCUCGCCUCAGCAUUGAAGGCUGCAAGAACCAGGCUGACAAGGAAGAGGAUGCAGGCGAAGCAGGCUGCCUCUACGUGAUCGGCGAUGCCGAACUUCUGGGCGGCCAGUUGAUUCUGAGGGAAUGCGAUGCAAGAAAACGGUGGGGAGGCGGCAUGGGCGUCAAAGGCCGGACCGGCAUUUGCUGCUUUGACCAUCUCUGA